UCAACUAUCUACCAAACCAAAAUUAUCUAUCAUCAAAAUACCUUGUAACUGCACAAGCUUCCUCAGGGCAGAAAAUCAUACAGAGAAUCAGCUCCAAAGCAAAAUGCAGAUCCAUCCUUCCCCCCUCGCCAUCGCCCUGGCAAUUAUCCUCUCAACAUCUUCGGUGUCUGUUGACGCAGCCCCUUUCAGGAUAUACCCUGCCUUCCCAUCCUUCAACAAACACACUAACAGUCCUAUUCUCGAGCCUCGCCAAGGAUACCACCAGCGAAACGAGCGAUUACAGCAUACUUCUCCUAACCCGACCCCGGCGGCGACGGUGACAAGUUUCAAAACUGUUACUGUCCAUCCAACUCCGCUGCUGACACCCAGGGUGGAGCAGUUCCUUGAUCCAAUAGUAGGAGGAGGGACGAUGAGGCCUGUCACCACGUUGUCAUCCUCCCCCACUUCGGAUUCGGCCAUAGCUCCUCAUUCCUCGUUCCAGGCCUCUUCAUCGGCAACUCCAACUAUAACCUCGACCACGAAGAAAACACAGCCGAGCGUGAUCGAGAUCUCCCUCCUAUCAUCUUCCUUCUUCUUCACAAUCCCGACCCCGACAUUAUCACUCGUGGUCCCGACGCCAGACCUCUCCGCAUUGACAAAGACAAACAAUAUUGUUAUCCCCACGGAUGCAAGCACCAGCGCCACGCCAACGGCAUCCGAAGAACCAGAGCAAUCGUCGGUGUCGUCCUCUCAACAGACUUGCCCUGCCAGCGCGACGCGGAAGUGCUGCACUUCCCUGCAACAAGUAUCAAAUGGUCUCUUGGAGAUUAUCGAUGAUAUUCUUCCGGGCCUGCAUCUAAGCAAGCUUAAGUCGGAUAGCACCAGAUCUAACCCUGUGGGCCUGACUUGUGCGACUCUGGCAGAUGAUGAGGUCUGUGAUGAGGUUGUGAGCUGUUGUACUGAAGAAACAAUUGUAAGUUGUUCAAGCCAUUUAGUAGUAUUAUUGUGGAUUAAGAUGAGCUAACUUUUUGUCUGUUAUAACAGCCAAUUCUGGGCUCUGAGUAUAUGAGCUGUGAACCGCUUGUGUAAGGUGAAAAAAAGUUUGUUUCAAUCGUUGUCUUGUUGCUUGGUUUUUUGAACAAGGCGCGUCUCGGAGUUCAUGUUGGAUAUCAAGUACAGGUAAUUGAUGGG